AUUGAGUAGUGGGGUGCAAAAGAAUAAAUGAGGGAUGACGAUGAAUAGCAGAAGUGAACAAGACAAAUCAAAAAAGAACCAUUUGCGCCACCUGCGGCUUGGCUCGAGUUGCUAAAAUAAUUGAAGCAAAGAUGGUGGCCGAUUCCAAAGGUAAAUCCGAUAUCUCCUUCGCCGGAACUUUUGCCAGUAGUGCUUUUGCCACUUGUUUGGCUGAGAUAUGCACAAUUCCGUUGGACACUGCAAAGGUUAGGCUGCAGUUACAAAAGUCGGCUGUUGCAGGGGAUGGAUUGGCCUUGCCAAAAUACAGGGGUAUGUUGGGCACGGUUGCUACCAUUGCUAGGGAAGAAGGGUUGUCAGCGCUUUGGAAAGGAAUUGUACCUGGAUUGCAUCGACAAUGUGUUUUUGGAGGGUUAAGAAUUGGGUUAUACGAGCCGGUUAAGAACUUUUAUGUGGGCAGUGACUUUGUUGGAGAUGUUCCUUUGACCAAGAAGAUUCUUGCUGCACUUACUACCGGUGCCAUUGGAAUCACUGUGGCAAAUCCAACUGAUCUUGUGAAAGUUAGACUUCAGGCUGAAGGGAAAUUACCACCUGGUGUACCAAGGCGCUAUUCUGGAGCUUUGAAUGCAUACUCAACGAUUGUGAGACAGGAAGGAUUUGGGGCGCUCUGGACUGGGAUUGGACCCAAUGUAGCAAGAAAUGCUAUUAUAAAUGCUGCUGAACUGGCCAGCUAUGAUCAAGUGAAGCAGACAAUUUUGAAAAUUCCUGGAUUCACAGAUAAUAUUGUCACUCAUCUUUUUGCUGGUCUGGGAGCUGGUUUUUUCGCUGUUUCUAUCGGUUCCCCAGUGGAUGUGGUCAAGUCGAGAAUGAUGGGAGAUUCUGCAUACAAAAGCACACUUGAUUGUUUCAUCAAGACUUUGAAGAAUGAUGGCCCGCUCGCUUUCUAUAAGGGCUUUAUUCCAAAUUUUGGAAGGCUGGGAUCUUGGAAUGUGAUAAUGUUUCUAACUUUAGAGCAGGCAAAGAAAUUUGUCAGAAACUUGGAAUCAUCUUGAGCUUCAACAUGAUGGCGAAGCUACAAUGCAUGGGGAUGAUGGAAGUAGUCCCUAUAACAAUAAGUUCCUCGUCUGUCAUUUCUCUUGUUUAGAUGAGGAGUCCUGCAAGGGAAAUCAUAGUAACUCAAAAAAGCUUUGAAAUAAUUUUUUGGUACUCGAUUUUUCAUACUUCUUGAUUUGCCUUCUUGGGUCCUAAUUGUUUCCUUUUCGUAAAAGGAUUGAACUUGGAAUUAUCAUAGAACGAACUUGUUGCCUUGUUUUUUUUU